GUGCUGUCGCCCGCCCUGCAACUUUCUCAUCACUAUGGGAUACCACAGCACCCUGACCACCAUCGUGAAGUACGUCCUGGUCCAGCGCAUUGCCACCCCCGGCGACAACUACGCUUGCCUGACCUGCAAGUGGUACUGGCGCUACGACAUCACUCCGCCCCAGACCCAGGGCACCGGGACCAACUGCCGCUGCAGCACCGAUACCGCCUGGGCCUUCCCUCUCAAGUCCACGCUCAACGGCUUCACAGCCGCUCAGAAGACCAUGCUGGACAACAUCCCUCUGGGCAGCCCCUACCCAGCCAGCACCGUUUACUGGUCCACUCGCCAGGACGUGGGCAACGCCUGGGGCGGCUUCUUCCGCUUUGCGCCCACCUCCGGCAAGGUCAGCACCACCGCCUCGUAUACGUUUGACAUGUGCGCCGGCUGCGCCUUCAACCAGAUUGGCGACAAGGGCUUCAUCAUGGGUCGCCUCAACAUGAGCUUCACUAACACCAACGGGUGAGCGCCUGACGAUCGAGCGAGUGAAUGAAGGGAUGGUGCAUGGACUCACUUGGGAUGCUUGGAAGUGCUUAAACUGCUGGGAAGAGACGGAUGGGUGGGGGCGGCUGCCUGCUAGCUUCGGAUGUGCACAGCGGUGUGCGUGUGCGGAUGGGGGUGGGGCCCGCAGGGGCCCCCGCGCUAUUCAGCG